UCAGAGGGCAAAGGUUACCACAAGGUGACGCCAAAGAAGGUGGUCUGGUCGAAACUUCCAGAGCUGCUACAAUUUUACGCUAAACGUUCCACAUUUUCGUUAAAAGUUGUCUAAGAUGGCGAGUCUUGGAUCAGCCCUGCGUCUUGUUGCCACCCGCGGUCUCGUGGCAGGCAAAAGUCUUGCGGGCGGACAGGGACGGCUGCUGCACACUGCAAGGAGAAAACUCGCUGCUGACCCGGCUGCUGCAAAGCGCCAGGCCAUGGCGGACCAGGCUCACAUCGGCUCCAUCCGGGACAAAGUGAACGCCACGCUGACGCCCGGCAUGGACUUCUGGCACUACAGCUUCUACAUCGUCUUCAUCGGAGCCGUCGUCACUUUUGUGGGCGCAGCCAGCCAAUUAGAGCCAGCGCCAACUGGUGGACAUGGCCAUGGCCAUGGAGAAGAGGAGGAAGAAGAGUAAAGUCACUCAACAAGGGGGAGGAGAAGAUGGAAAAUGGGAGGAGGAGGAUAAUACAGAAAAUGGGAGCAGAAAUUUUGCACUUACAGAAUUCGGGUGGAGUGAAUUUGGAAGGAAUUUCUUGAGGAUUAGGAUGGCAAAUUUGUGCUAGUAAAGGUUUUCUUGCGAAUGAUGUUGUGGACUAUAUAUUCUGCGUGAUCUUACUCAGCUUAUAAUUAGGACAGCUGAAAAAGAUA